AUCGCAGUAAAAGACGACACGGGCCGUUUUCCAGAGGAAAUAUGCUCGUCCAUUUCGCUCUUCUGGUCUGUACCCUCUUCGGAGCGUCAAGUGCAGAAUCCUUCAAGCAAGUACUUACUUCUAAUGUAUCUUCGACCACGAUCUCGACAGUUCAACUUUCCAAGUUGUGCGAUGUGUGCUCGUGUUCAGAGUCUCAAGUUGACUGUUCGAAUCGGAACUUGACGACCACCUUUGAGAUUUCCCAAUGGCCCAAAAUCGAAGUGACAACGAUAACGUUCCAAGGGAAUCAAUUGGUACAUCUCACGAUAUUCCCUGACAUCACGGUCGAUAAGCUAAUUUUCAAAGAAAAUCAGAUAACCAAAAUAGACGAUCUGACUUUCGUCAAUCUGAAGAACCUCACCGAGUUGGAUUUGAGUUACAACAAUCUCACGUACGAAUUGUUGUCCCCUCACGCUUUCCAAGGACAUUUUUCUCCAAUUUUAUAUGAGCCCUUAGAUAAAUUAACUGUUCUGAAUUUGGGGCAUAAUCAACUUCAUAAGUUACAUCAAGACUUGUUCGAACAUUUGACAAAUCUUAAAGUCCUGUCUCUCGAUGGUAAUCCAUUCAGCGUAAUUGAUCAAUCUACGACACUAGCAAUCAGUAGCAUUCCUUAUUUAGAAGAACUUGACUUGAGCUAUUGCAACUUGAAAAGCAUUUCGGACCACUUAUUUCAUUCACCCAAGCAUUUAAAACUAAUUCACCUGCAAGGAAAUAAAUUAAAGACUCCUCCAGCGGCUUUAGAAGAUGCCAAGUCCUUGGAGUACCUUUGCUUAAAUGACAAUCCUAUUGAGAUUAUCGACGAUGAUAAUGGUUUUCCGGAAAUGCCACAACUUAAAGAACUAAGCAUCUGCCACAUGUCACGUUUAACGAGAAUUGGCAGCGGAGCUUUUGGCAAAUUGCCUAUGCUGGAAAACCUUCGUUUGGAAAACUGUCCUCAGCUAUCAGAAAUAGACGAAGAUGCUUUCAUUAACAAGUCAUUCGAAGGAGCUAUAUGGCCACCUCUAAGAAAACUCGAAAUUGCAAACAACGCUUUACGAUAUUUGCCGGCUAAUUUGGUCGGAAGAUGGGACAAACUCGAGAAAUUGUCCCUGACGAACAAUGCGUGGAGCUGUGAUUGUGAAAAUCAGUUCAUGAUUGGAUCACUUCUCCCUAACUUGGCACCACAAUUAAUGGGAAAAGAAGUGGAGACAUUGAGUUGCUCGUCGCCACCCGAACACAAGGGAAAAAAUCUUACUUCAUUGGUUCAUCGACACCUCCGUUGUCUCGAUUUAUACAACGCUCGUCCAGAAAAGGAUGCCACGAUAUUGAUCGGCAUAUUGAUCGGAGUUCUUUUGGCUGUUCCUGUGUCUCUCGCUCUUUUCGUCUUCUGGCGAAAAGGGUUCUUUUUCUGCGGUACCCAAGGACCCGCGACAUAUUCUCGUGCCUUUUACAAACGAGCUGACAAAGACGAUGAUUUCUAAUCAUUCAAGGAAAUUACCUUCUAAAAUGUAGAUUUAACGAAUGCAUCGUUAUAAUCGAAAUGCGACUGAAGGUGCGGAGAGAAAAAGUUCUUCAGCGCCAACUUGGAUUGUCGGGAAUUCAAAAGAAAAAGUUUUUUGCCCUCCUUCAUUUUUUACUUUCGGAAUAUAAUAUUGCUCUUUCUAGUGGCGGCAAGUAACGACGAAUUAGUUGAUUCUACUAAACAAAUUGAAAUUCAUGAUAACAGAGUCUACGGAUCUCUAUUUUCUCUAGUAAUAUCAAAUUUGUCGAUACCGAAAUCCAUGCCGCACUUAGUGGGUAUCCUUAAGCUUGUAGGAAAAUGUACAAGUUUUUGUAAAUUGAUAACACACGGAUGGACUUUUCGAAGAUUUAUACUUUCAGAAAAAUGAAUAUGCUUCGUCUCAAUAUUUGUUAUCGCCGUGCUUAGAUGUUUUUUACUAUGUAAUAUCAGAAGCGGCAAAACUAUAAUUCUGGAGAACAAAAAAUUGCACGCCUUAGUCAGGAAAUUUAACAUUCCAUUUAGCUUGGAUAUAUGUAUGUAUACGUGUAGGGUAAGCUAGCGUAAUGACAUAAAACAUAAAUUAUUGACACAGAGAAAAAUGGUAAAAGUUGCAAAAUAUAAGUUAUCCGUUUGCUUAAUAUAAAAUGGAUAAUCAUUAAAUCAUACUUUUCCGAUCCUGUCGCACAUUUAUACAUAACUGUGAUAAGGCAGAGACGAAUCGAUGAUUUCAUCGUUUGUUCGAUUCGUCAUAGUAAUUGUGUGAAAUGAAUGCGAAAUGUAUGACUAAUAACUUUUCUAUUAAAAGCGAUGAAAUACGAA